UCCUCAAAAUAUAUCACCCCUUUUUAUGCACACAAAAAAAAAACACUAUUUACAUGAGUUUGUAAUUGUUAUUUAGAAGAUCAAAUUUAUAAAAUGAAUACCAAAAUUGAAGCACAAAAGAAAAGACCAUUUCAUGAAGAAGACUAUGAUGAUGAUGAUAAAGACGGUUCUUUCUUCUCUUCAUCAUCUUCUUCUGAUGUUUCAUCAUUUGAAUCAGAUUCUGAUUCAAAUGAAGAAGUAACAUCACCAACUUCAUCAUCUUCAUCAACUCAUCAACUUGAAGAAGCUGAUCCAUUGAAUAACAUGUCUUCUUUGUUUCAACAACUUCCAAUAAAGAGGGGACUUUCAAAAUUCUACCAAGGAAAGUCACAAUCUUUUACUUCAUUAACAAAUGUCAAGAGUUUGGAAGAUCUUGUGAAGCCAGAGAGUCCUUAUAACAAGAAGUUGAAAUCAAGUAAAAGCUAUGGAGGGUUUUAUGAGAAUCAAGAUUCAAUUUCAAAAUAUAGUUUUAAAUCAAAUAGUGCUAUGUCAAAGUUUGGUUCUAAGAAGGGGGUGCAUUCAGCAAGUUCAAGGGGUUCAUGUUCUUCAUUGAAUGCAAGGAGGGGUAGUAAUAGUAAUUUUAUGGGUACUAGGCCACCAGUUCAUCCUCAUAAUAGAUCAUCUACUAGCACUAACAAUAUCUCUAAUCAAACUGCUUUGUUUGCUUGAAAAGGGAUUAUGUGAUGCUUUUUGUUUAAUCAUUUGUUUAUUUUAUUUUAUUGGAGUUGUCAUUUGCGGAUAUCAUGUUAGUGUAAGGUUAAUCACUAAUUAGUUUUUUUUUUGUUACAAGAAUCACUGAUUAGUUUUGAUGAAUGAAAAGAAAAUGAAAUUUCUGGUCUUUAUAUUGGA